CCAAGGAUCCCGGGACACUGGUCCUUAAACUGCAGCCUCCGGUGCUUCAGGAAUCUAAUAUUGAUACUGUACUCAUCGUGCAUUUAAAAUUCGUUGUUUGUUUUUGGGGGUCGUAACGAUGUCACAUCCUGUGUACAGGCAGGUCAGUGAUUCUGCAGCACGUGUCUUCAGACCAUAGACCGUACCAGGCAGUGACAGAAAUGAUCGAUAAAGUCUGAUCAACUUUUACCAUAAAGUUGUUUAUACGGGCGCACUCCAGGAUCCGGUGGCUGGUUUGACUACGGAGAUCCAAACAGUGCUGGCCGCAGUGGUAAACCCCAACAUCAUCGUCCGAAGGAGAUGUUGCUGGUCGGAUGCAGACUCGGUCGCAGAUUCGUCAUUUUCAAAAAGUGCCUGUGUGUGAAGUGCGGUGACUACUGAAGGUGUCGUUCAAAUAAACAUCAAACAAAACCCCAUCACGAGUUAAUGUAAUGUGUCCGUGUCAACAAUAUAAAUCAUAUGGGUGAAAAAAUUAAUAGCGUAUUAUCUUUAACGGGAUUCGAGACUACGAGCCGUAGCCGAAUUGUCCUGUGGCCGGAUGACCAUCAGACUACGCCACCGAGUCACUUCAAAGUAGAGAUCACCGCACUUCACACACACGCGCUUCGUGAAAAUGAUGUCUGCAAGCAACCAGCAACAUCUGGAAUAAACGUAUCACAAGUUGCAAUGAUCACCAGUUAAACUGGAACACUGUAUAAUUUACUAUCAUGGUGAACAAGGAUCAACGAGUGGAUGCUACUCUGCAGCCAUUUAAGAGUGACUCUAGCGGAGCCAGCAACAGCAGCGGGGAGAGCUCCAAGGAGAGUUCCCGGUGCUCCACGCCGCUGCUGGACGCAGACCGGUCGGUCAGGCUGCGGGACAAGAUGCGGAGGAGGAUGGAGUCCGGAGACCACUGGUUCUCACUGGAAUUCUUUCCUCCUCGCACAGCCAGUGGAGCCGUCAACCUCAUCUCAAGGCAUAUUUGACCGAAUGGGUUCUGGUGGCCCCCUGUUCAUCGACAUUACCUGGCACCCAGCAGGGGAUCCAGGCUCAGACAAGGAAACCUCGUCCAUGAUGAUUGCUAGCACAGCCGUCAACUAUUGUGGCCUGGAGAGCAUCCUCCACCUGACCUGCUGCAAUCAGACCAAAGAGAAGAUUACUGGUUACCUGGCCAAAGCUAAGCACUUGGGCCUCAAGAACAUCAUGUCACUCAGAGGAGACCCAAUGGGAGUAGACUGGGAAGAAGAGGAGGAAGGCUUCAACUAUGCCAUCGACCUUGUUAAACAUAUCCGUUCAGAGUUUGAUGACUACUUUGACAUUUGUGUUGCUGGCUACCCCACAGGCCACCCUGAAGCAGAGAGCUAUGAGGCCGAUCUUAGACACCUUAAAGAGAAGGUGGAUGCUGGAGCAGACUUUGUAAUCACUCAGUUGUUCUUCAGGGCAGACACUUUCCUCAAGUUUCUGGAUGACUGCAGAGCAAUUGGUAUCAUGUGUCCCAUCCUACCUGGAAUCUUCCCCAUUCAGGGUUACCAGUCCCUGCGUCAGCUGGUCAAGCUGUCAAAACUUGAGGUACCAGAGGAGAUCACCAAGGUCAUCGAGCCCAUCAAAGACAAUGAUGCUGCUAUACGUAACUAUGGAAUCCAACAGGCCAUUGAGAUGUGCCGUGUGCUGCUGGACAGUGGCAAGGUACCAGGCCUUCAUUUCUACACACUAAAUCGAGAGGUCGCCACCAUGGAGGUGCUCCGACAGCUGGGACUGUGGAUAGAAGACCCAAGGCGGCCUCUUCCCUGGGCAGUAAGUGCCCAUCCCAAACGGAUAGUAGAAGAUGUUAGACCUAUCUUCUGGGCCUCCAGACCCAAGAGCUACAUCUACAGGACCCAGGACUGGGAUGAGUUCCCCAACGGCAGAUGGGGAAACUCCUCAUCCCCAGCUUUUGGCGAGUUAAAUGAUUACUACCUGUUCUACUUGAAGAGCAAGUCAUCCAAAGAUGCACUGUUGCACAUGUGGGGUGAGGAGCUGAUGAAUGAAGAGAGUGUCUAUGAGGUCUUCACCAGCUACAUCACAGCCCAGCCAAAUCGCAGUGGACAUAAGGUGAUGUGUUUGCCAUGGAAUGAUGAGCCUCUGGCCCCAGAGACAAACCUGUUGAAGGAUGAGCUGGAGAAAGUGAACAGAAGAGGAGUCCUAACAAUCAACUCCCAACCCAACAUCAACGGCAAACCCUCCACAGACCCUAUAGUGGGCUGGGGACCUGCAGGAGGUUAUGUCUUUCAGAAGGCCUAUCUGGAGUUCUUCACCUCCAGUGAAAAUGUGACUGCGCUCCUCAAAGUACUGAAGAAGUAUGAGCCCCGUGUCAACUACCACAUUGUUAAUGUUCACGGGCGUAACCUGACGAAUGCCCCUGACUUGCAACCUAACGCUGUGACCUGGGGGAUCUUCCCUGGAAGGGAGAUUGUUCAACCUACUGUAGUGGACCCAGUCAGCUUUAUGUCUUGGAAGGAUGAGGCUUUUGCCCUGUGGAUUGAGCAGUGGGCAAAACUCUAUGAAGAAGAGUCUCCUUCACGGAUGAUCAUCAAGUAUAUUCACAACAACUACUUCCUGGUCACUCUUGUGGACAAUGAUUUUCCUCUAGAGAACUGUCUGUGGCGGGUCAUUGAAGAUAUGUUUGAAAUGCUUGAUGGUCCUCAAGAUCCACUCAACGACGGAACAUCCUGAAAAAAAAAUGUAAACUACUUUUAAGGAAAGUAGGAGCACUAUGGAACUGUCAAUUGUUUAUGCAUUGUCUGAAAGUUGCUAUUUACAGUGUAGAGUAGGUGUACUUAACAGUACUUUUAAAGACUUUUUCUAAAUAUUUUUUAACAUUUGAGUGAAUGGAAAUAUGAUGAAUUAAAUUCUUCUUUCUUCCCUAAACGAGACUGGGAACCAGGGACAGGAACAGGUGUUGGCCAGACUAUUGACUGGAAACCAGGAACGCGUGUCAACCAGACUGCCCAUGCGGAACCGGAAAUACUCUAUAGUUUGAAAAAUAUUCAGAUGUGGGAGAUGCUGAAUAAUACUCUAAUAUAGAUGUCUAUAGAACAGAUAUGGUCAAAGUACGGCCUGCGGGCCGUAUACGGCCCGCCGAACUUGUCCAUAUAUAAGAAAAAACAAUUAGUAGCACUUGAAUUGCACUUACUUAUAGCACUUUGUAGUUUUGCUUUAUUUUUUAAGAUAUUGUACUUUCUUGUUUCUUGUGGUUCUUGGUUUGUACCCUCUGGGUUGAAUGCACUUAUUGUAAGUCGCUUUGGAUAAAAGCGUCAGCUAAAUUAAAUUUGACCGGGAGUGUGGUGUAUAGGGCUCGAAAGGGCACAUGAUCUCCCUUCACUUUUUCGUUAUGCCCUGUGAGCCCUUCUGUAAAAUGAGCGGAUCAAGGAAACGAAAAGUGGACAAUGAGUGCAGAGUGUUUAACACGGAGUGGACAACAAAAUACUUUGUCAAUGAAAUCUAAUCGAAGGCUGUAUGCCAGAUAUGCCGAGAAACUGUCGCAGUUUUCAAGGAGUACAACAUCAGCCGUCACUUUGCUACGAAGCAUGCUAUCUACGCUAGCAAGCAGUCAACGCAAGAACAGGCGGCUACGGCUCAGAGGUUGGCGGCUAAUUUACAGACUCGGCAACAUUUUUUUCACCGACAAGCUGUGAUUCAAGAGUCAACUACCAAGGCAAGUUUUUUGGUGGCAUUCCAAAUAGCAAAGGCUAGCAAGCCUUUCUCCGAAGGCUAGUUUUUGUUAAAUUGCCUUGCAAAUAAAUGCUUUGCUACUUGUUAAAGGUCAAAUCCUUUCAUGUAAUGAUUUUUCCAUGACUUUUAUAUUAGUUCACAAAAACACUCCAUCCAUCUGGUCCUGGCCCGGCCCCUCUGUCAAAUUUUAGAACCCAUUGUGGCCCGCGAGUCAAAAAGUUUGCCCACCCCUGAUAUAGAACAUGGUAGUGUGGAGAUUGUCCACCCAUUAAGUAACUCAACAAAUGUACAUUUAUAAGAUGUCCAAGUCCAACCACUACACAUACCAGACGCCUUACUUUGAAAUAAUAUAUAGAUCACCUAGAUAGCUUUGCCAAAUAUAACUACACAAUCCACCUAGCAGUUUUGACACACAAAAAUGAAUUGCUGAAAACUUACUGCCUUUUAGCAAAGUUUGUUAUUAGUGAAAUAUUUGGCAACCAUGUGAUGUGAUGCAUCCCCCUCAUCUUCAGUCAGCGGUAUGGCCUUUUUUUGCACCUUGUCACCAGUCGACAGUUUGGCCGACACCUGCCACUCUCCUCCAGUCAGCAGUCCGGCCUGGUUACCCAUUGACAGUCCGGUCGUCACCUGUCCCUGGUUUCCCAUCAGCAUUCUGGUCGACAACUGUUCCUGUCCCUGGUAUCCUGUGGCAUUCCUGCAAAAUACACUGAUCAAAAAAGUUAAGGCAGGGGGGUUGUCCUGCUAUUGCCCCUCCAUUGCCCCUGUUGUAACUUUCCUAAAUGAACAGAUUGAUACCCUUGUCUGUGUUAUACUUUGACGAUAAAGUUUUCCCAUAACUUUUUGAGCAGUCUGUAUAGCUAUAUAUAUUAACUCAACACUUUUCCUCCUGCCUUCCCAAAAAUACCCUUUUUGAGGCUUGGGUUCAGUGCCUAAUAAAGGUCUUGCUUUAAGAUUAACUGCACAUUUUAGAGUGGAGGAGCUAGAAGCUUUUGUUUGCAUAGAGGAAAUCUUACAUUUCACACUUACAUUUAUGAAAAAUGGGAGUGAAAACAAUUGCGAGGAUUUUCUAUUUCUGUUUUGUAUAAUUUCACAGUGGUAUACUAAAUGGUGCAUUAUAUGUAGUGUAACUAUAUAAAGACGCAUCAAUAUAUUGGUAUGAAUUACCCAUUAGUAUACAAUAUGAUCUCAAUAUAAAAUACUAUUCAAAUUCCUUCUGCCCUUACAAUGUUUCCCAACUCUGAAGAGGUACAAUAUGAGCUAACAGCAAUGUGAAAGACUAGAGGAGAGCAUGCCAAGAGGUUAGAAAGAUAGAAUUUAAAAUUUGGGAUAUUUCACAGAAUAAAUUUCUGAAAUUUGGCAAAAGAUGUAUGUGUACUAUUGUACUUUACUGAAAGAUGUUCUUGUUUUAAUACAUUGCUGUACACCGAGUUUUUUUCACAUUAUUUCAUUGAUUUGGUUGUAGCCAGAUAGGCAAGAUGUUAAAAUCAAUGUACUUGCAGAGAGCAGUACCAGCACAUUUCUGCUCAUUUUGACACUGGUUCACUCUUCACAAUUGACCUCAUUCACCAAUAUCCUUUAAAAAUUAUCUCAUUUCUUCUUAAGAAUGUUUCUAAGAAAACUCAACGGCAGACAUGUGUUCUUAAACUCUAGAAGUGUUCAUACAUGUGGUCUUGUAUUGAUGAAUCUCUGUAAAUUGAAAGUGCUUGCCAGUAAUUCCCAAUUAGCAUGGCUUAUGGACACUUAAGUGCAUGAGACUGCUCUGGCCUGUGGAAAUCCUGGAAACCACAAUUUACAUCAAAUGUAUUGGAUUUGGCUGCAAAACUGUCUACCCCUGAAACUCCAAAGGUAUUCUGUGGAUUCACACUUCACUUCACCCACCCCUCCAUCUGCAUAGUGGCGAGUAGGUAAUGAGGGAAUUAUUACUUUCUAGCCACAGAAUCUGCAAUCAGGUUGGAGCACGCCGCAGCUUUGUCUGACAAGGUCGGGUUCUACACGAGUUUAUAAAAAUGUUUUCUUCAAAACGUUUUACAUAGAAAAUACCUAAAAGUAGUUGAUGGAUGUUGGACCAAUGGAUACCUAGAAUCUGGUCAAGAUUACACCUUAUAUCUACACAAACCUCUAUAGGUCAAGCCUGUGUUGAGCUAUAGGUGUUGAAAAUAAAGUUGACAUAGCACCCAACCUCAGGAAUUCAAAAAUAAACAAAUUAAGUUUUCUAAUAUGAACUCUUUUAUUAAACAAAAUGGAAGCCCCAGAAAACACUGACAGAGACAAAAUCCCCAUAAUGGUAUCUUUUUGAUCCCUACUAACUGAACAUUGCAAUAAAAAUGUUUUGUUUCCAGCAUCAGUCUUUUUAUUCCACACUUUAUUUUUCAAGGACCCCACCUGCACUUGACAUUCUUUCUCCUUUGCCUUUCCUUUUUUUUGAGGGCUCUACCUGGAUCUUUGCUUUUCCAUUUCUUCUUCACUGCUUACUAAAGGCUCCUCUUGCAUCUUCAGUCCAUGUAUCUAAUCGAGCUGUAUUUUCAGGGUUUCAUUGUUUUUUUGAGAGUGAUAAGAUUCAGGGGAACAAUGGCUGGAGAUGGUCUCAUCAAUGCUUGCUUAACCUGUAAAAUUAAAUAAAUGCAAGAAUAAAGAAAUGAUAAAUAAA